AUGGGAAGCUCGCAUUUGCUGAACAAAGGAUUGCCUUUAGGUAAACAUUUACCUUUCAUUUUGUGCAUGGGACCAAAUGUUAACUGUGAUUGCGCUGUGUGGUGUGGACACAUAUCUGUGUGUUCAGUGUACUGUACAGUAUUCUGCCUUCCCCUCCCCCCUCUUCCUUCUCCCCUCCCCUCUCUUUCUCUCUCCAUUAUCUUUCAUCUCUCCCAUUUAGACACUUACCAUACCGUAAUAACUUGCUUUCUGCUCCGAAUGUGUUUCUGUUCAGCUGUUUUGGACAUGGUCAGAGGAGAUGUGUGUGUGUGUGAGGGGUUAGAGCCUUUCUGUGUUGAUCCAUGGAAUGAUUAGCCUCUAGCCUCCUGUGGAGAUGAAGGACACAAAUACUAUUUCCCUCAAAAAAUGUGAGGCAAGGACCACACAGCAGGUUUUUCCCGUUCAUUGUGCAGUGGGGAACGGUGUUUCCAGUUCCGGUCUUGACUUGCUUCCUAAUUUUCCUUUCAGGGGAGAAGGAAACUUUCAUUCUAGAACGGUCUACUAGGGGAAUACUUCAGGUUCAGGAAGUACAGAAAGCAGCUUUGUAGGUGCUUAGUACUGAUGCUGCUAUUGUGAAUACUUCCAUGUUUUCAUACUGGUGUCUGUUACUUAGACAUUUUUUAUUAUUGGAUUCACAACAGCAGCAUAUUCUCUACAGUGGGGGUAUUGUUUGAUCUUCAUGAUUGAUCUUUGUAUGAUUAUUCAUGUCUGGGCUCGUAGGGGUCUUCAGUUCUGUGAUCAAUGGAUCGUGUCUUAUCAUUAUUAAAAUGGACACAUGCCAAUUCACCCCUGGGGUGCUCAAAUUUGCAGAAUUACCCACAUACAAAACCCCCAUAUCAUUAUGGCCAUGGAAUGUCAUGGAUAUUGGUGAUAAAACAUGCAUUGUUUGUAAUUCUUUUUGCAUUUCUGUCAUCUUUGAUGAACACAUGACUGAAACAUGUAUUGUAGACAAACCAGACGUGGCUUAGUGAUCUGUGUACAUGAGAGAGUGCUUGUGUGAUUGUGUUAUGCCUGUGUGUGUGUGUGUGUAUCGGUGUAUGUGUCUCGGUGAGAAUGCAUGUGUCCGCCCGCAUGUGUGUGUGUGCUGGUAGUGGAUGAGGGAGGGAGCUAGAGGAGAGUGUCUAUACUCCCCUGGCUCAUCUGGGAGGGAGAUCUCCUGUGGGAACAACAGUGGGUAGAGACCAUCACGCCAUGUUUGUGCCAGAUUGGCUAUGAUCAUAAAUCACACAGCUUGAGCUGCUCACAGGUGCACCAUUUUCCCCUUUCCUUAUGGUGGUUACAGUUACAAUGCUACCUUUCAUAUGAAUGAAAAUAUAGGUUUUAUUGUGCUGUAUUGAAAUAGAAUGGGCUGAUUCCUGGCAUGCUCACUGUAAAAAAAAAAAAAGGCAAAUAAAUAAAAUAGAGCUAUGUUUGAAGCAUUUUACAUUUGCAUAUUAGAGGACAGGUCUGAUAUCCUUGUAGAACACAACUGGGACUUUCUGAGGUGCUGACCUUAUUUUCAGGAAGUAGCUUUGACUGUAUGAGCAUAGAUGAGGGUUCACUGUAGCAGACGGAGGGGGGACAACCCUUAGGCCACGAGAGACACUGUAGAAUAUUGGACCCAAGGGUCGUUCCUACUGAUUCUCACAAGGUCAUAUCCUCCACUGGAAUGAAAGAUAUUUCCUUCCAGUUAGAAAGACCUCUGUAAAUGUGUCAGUAAAAUGUGGUAAAGUGAUGAUAGGGAUCUUUUUCCAUUCGGACUAUUUCUCCCCGUUGAUGUGUUCACAUGAAUCCCUUAUUAGAGUAGGAUGAAUGCCAUGCAGAACUGAUGCUCAUAUUUUGACUAAUUCCAGUGUUAAUCCAGAAGACUGAAUUGUGAAGUAGAGUACACUACAUCCCAUCGUUACUGUUAUCUUCCAAACAAGUGGAUGUACAGUUAAAACACAGAUUAUUUGGGACAAUGAGUAGCAUCAGUGUAGAAAAUGUGACAUAUUCUAACAAUUUGAUGCACAGAGGAUUUCCUGUUGCAUUAUUCUGUGAGUGAACUGUAGUGCAAUUGACCCACACAGUUGCUCUUUAAAAAUAAAUUGGUUUCUCACUGUAGUGGUUUAGUCAUUUAUAGUUAAUGCGAGCAUGGCAGUUGGUUAAAUGUCAUUUAUAGUUUAGUUACCACUCUCACCGUAAUUUGAAUGGCUAAUUUGAUGAAUUGCACCAUCAGGGGGUAUAUUUCUCAUUUAGUGACUAAUUUUCUAUGAAAGGCUAGAGUCUGCUCCUGGCGACUUGUCAAAAACGUGCAUGAAGAUGACCUAUACAAUUUUUUAUGGCUUUCCAGUCAUGGACGCAAUAUUGCCUUAUUAGAAACUGCAAAUCAUUCUGAAACCCAAAUAAAGUAUGAGACUCCUUUUUGGAUUUAGUUUACUCGUAUGGGGAUCAUUAACAUACCAGCUGCCAAUUAGAUUUGUGGGGGUUUUAGGUGGAAAAUAGUAAGCAUGAUCAUAAACAUAUCACAACCCAUACUGUAGACAUACCUCUUUCCAGACUUACUGUCUGUGAGCGGUCCUUAACAGUAGAAUAUGAUGUCAAAUACAGAAUGUUUACCCAUCCUCUCUCUCUGUCUGCAGGCAUCCGGCCACCAAUCAUGAAUGGGCCCAUGCACCCGCGGCCCCUGGUGGCCCUGCUGGACGGGCGUGACUGCACCAUAGAGAUGCCCAUCCUGAAAGACGUGGCCACUGUGGCCUUCUGUGAUGCCCAGUCCACCCAGGAGAUCCAUGAGAAGGUGCUGCCAUGCCUCUACAUGUUAUGUCCUGCUCAGCUUCAUUUACAUGCUACCUAUUUCAAGUUAAUUAGACUUAAAAAAGACUCCCUGGCCUAAAAAUAGUAUUUGUUGAAUAUAUUAUAUGCAAGACCAUGUGCUGUUAAACAAGCUUGUUCAAACACUGUAAUCAACAAUGUCCUAAAAACGAUGACACAAACAACUAAUUUACAAUGACAGAAAUAAGCCUGACAAGUAUACAUAUUUAAGUUAAAAUAAAUAGUUGAAUCUCCCUAAUUAGCAAAACAAUACAAUAGACUUUUAUAUUUUUAUUUAUUUUGCCUUUUGACCCUUGGUAGGCAGUCAUUGUAAAUAAGAAUGUAUUCUUAAUUGACUUGCCUAGUUAAAUAAAAGGUAAAAAAAUUAAUUAUAUAUAUAUAUAAUAAUAAUAUGCCAUUUAGCAGACGCUUUUAUCCAAAGCGACUUACAGUCAUGUGUGCAUACAUUUUUACGUAUGGGUGGUCCCGGGGAUCGAACCCACUACCCUGGCGUUACAAGCGCCAUGCUCUACCAAUUGAGCUAUAUAUAAUAAGACCACCCAGUGCAACAAAGCAAAAUUAAAUAUCAGAGGAAAAUUGGCCAUCCAUACUUUCUGUAGUGCUGAUUCCCAGUGUUGGUUUCUGGCGUGUUUUCUCCUGUUCUGGUUCUGAAUGUAUGGCAGGCUGAAUCUUUGAGCUCUCCCUGGCCCUGUAGAAACAGAUGGCACCCACACUCUCUCCUCAUUGAGCUCUCCCUGGCCCUGUAGAAACAGAUGGCACCCACACUCUCUCCUCAUUGAGCUCUCCCUGGCCCUGUAGAAACAUAUGGCACCCACACUCUCUCCUCAUUGAGCUCUCCCUGGCCCUGUAGAAACAGAUGGCACCCACACUAUCUCCUCAUUGAGCUCUCCCUGGCCCUGUAGAAACAGAUGGCACCCACACUCUCUCCUCAUUGAGCUCUCCCUGGCCCUACAGAAACAGCUGGCACCCACACUCUCUCCUCAUUGAGCUCUCCCUGGCCCUGUAGAAACAGAUGGCACCCACACUCUCUCCUCAUUGAGCUCUCCCUGGCCCUGUAGAAACAGAUGGCACCCACACUCUCUCCUCAUUGAGCUCUCCCUGGCCCUGUAGAAACAGAUGGCACCCACACUCUCUCCUCAUUGAGCUCUCCCUGGCCCUGUAGAAACAGAUGGCACCCACACUCUCUCCUCAUUGAGCUCUCCCUGGCCCUGCAGAAACAGAUGGCACCCACACUCUCUCCUCAUUCCCUUUCACAGGCCCAUAACCACCCAGCUCCUUGCCUAAUUAAAACAUCCCCUUUCAGUUUAAUUGAGCUACACGGUGGCUUUACACAGCACAUAAAGGGAGAGGUGACAGAGCGUAUGGUACUAGCUCCAGUUGAACCUACUAUAAGAACCCAUGUCGGGGCCUAUGGAGCAACCACACCGCUAUGGUUAAUGAAUUGCUUUGCAUUCAGAUGACACAUUAGUUUGAAGUGGUCUAUUUCUCUUAUUGAAGGGUGCUGUAUAACUGUCCUCUGGUGUACUGAACCUGAGUGUUGUGUUGGCAGGUACUGAACGAGGCUGUAGGAGCUCUGGUGUACCACACCAUCACACUAAUGAGGGAGGACCUGGACAAAUUCAAGGCACUGCGGAUCAUCGUCCGCAUAGGCAGCGGCUUCGACAACAUCGAUAUCAAGUCGGCUGGAGAUUUAGGUGAGAUCCUGCAGUGCUCUUUCUCAACUUGAUACGGAUGUCCACUCAAAGACUUACCGGCUUUGAACUGAUCACUAGGUCAAAUCUUGUAUUAUUGUCUGCAUGUUAUAAUAUUCCAUUUAAAAUAAAGUGCAAUUGCUCAGAUCUCCAUAAUAAUAAUAAAAACGUUUUGAAACAGUAUAUAGGUCUAUACCCACCUUACAUUAGGAGGAACUGUUUACAUUAGUCCUGUCGUCCAAUAGGGAUAGCAGUGUGUAACAUGCCAGCAGCAUCGGUAGAGGAGACAGCGGACUCCACACUGUGUCACAUCCUGAACCUGUACAGACGGACCACGUGGCUCCACCAGGCGCUGCGCGAGGGCACCAGGGUCCAGAGUGUGGAGCAGAUCAGGGAGGUGGCGUCCGGGGCAGCGCGGAUCCGUGGGGAGACACUUGGCAUCAUCGGCCUCGGUUAGUGCGAGAUAUUACAGUACAGUGUUGUAUUACAGAUGGAGGAUCUUCAUCUGAUCCCCCUAUUGCAGGAUAACUUUCCUGCCAUGCAGGACAUUUAAAACUUGCAGUGUAUUUGAGGUUUAAAAAGGCUUCAGAAGUUUGUAAUUUUCACUUUGACAUUUCAGACUUGAUUUUCCCUUACGAAAAAUGUAUCAACCUCUUCAAAAAUGUCCAUUAAUUAUAAUCCACAUAAUAAUUCACAUUUCCUUUUGUUGAAGGAUUCUUUUCCUGUUGUAGUGAACUGGCUCAAAUUAAGAUCCUACGUCUGUACAUUGUAUUACACUGCUCAACUGGCUGUUAGCUGAAGAUAAGAUUGUCGGUAUAAUGAAUAGGAAAUCGGUUGUUCAAAUAUGGGCUUGUUCAGUAGAGUUCGAUGGCUUUUAUGUAUGCCAUUUUGAGCUGUGAUGUGUUACAAAACAGGCAUAGUAAAUGCUGUAAGGAAUUCACCUUUAUUGGAUCUCUUUGCUGUAACUAUUUACAGUUGAAGUCGGAAGUUUAAAACUCAUUUUUCAACCACUCCACACAUUUCUUGUCCUAACCGACUUGCCAAAACUAUAGUUUGUUAACAUCUACUUUGUGCAUGACACAAGUAAUUUUUCCAACAAUUGUUUACAGACUGAUAAUUUAACUUAAUUCACUGUAUCACAAUCACAUACACUAAGUUGACUGUGCCUUUAAACAGCUUGGAAAAUUCCAGAAAAUGAUGUCAUGGCUUUAGAAGCUUCUCAUAGGCUAAUUGACAUCAUUUGAGUCAAUUGGAGGUGUACCUGUGGAUGUAUUUCAAGGCCUACCUUCAAACUCAGUGCCUCUUUGCUUGACAUCAUGGGAAAAUCAAAAGAAAUCAGCCAAGACCUUAGAAAAAAAUUUGUAAACCUCCACAAGUCUGGUUCAUCCUUGGGAGCAAUUUCCAAACGCCUGAAGGUACCACGUUCAUCUGUACAAACAAUAGUACGCAAGUAUAAACACCAUGGGACCAUGCAGCCGUCAUACCGCUCAGGAAGGAGAUGCGUUCUGUCUCCUAGAGAUGAACGUACUUUGGUGCGAAAAGUGCAAAUCAAUCCCAGAACAACAGCAAAGGACCUUGUGAAGAUGCUGGAGGAAACAGGUACAAAAGUAUCUAUAUCCACAGUAAAACGAGUCCUAUAUCGACAUAACCUGAAAGGCUGCUCAGCAAGGAAGAAGCCACUGCUCCAAAACCGCCAUAAAAAAGCCAGACUAUGGCUUGCAACUGCACAUGGGGACUAAAAAUGAUAGGAGUUUUUGGAGAAAUAUCCUCUGGUCUGAUGAAACAAAAAUAGAACUGUUUGGCCAUAAUGACCAUUGUUAUGUUUGGAGGAAAAAGGGGGACUUGCAAGCCGAAAAACACCAUCCCAACGUGAAGCACAGGGGUGGCAGCAUCAUGCUGUGGGGGUGCUUUGCUGCAGGAGGGACUGGUGCACUUCACAAAAUAGAUGGAAUCAUGAGGAAAGAAAAUUAUGUGGAUAUAUUGAAGCAACAUCUCAAGACAUCAGUCAGGAAGUUAAAGCUUGGUCGCAAAUGCGUCUUCCAAAUGGACAAUGACCCCAAGCAUACUUCCAAAGUUGUGGCAAAAUGGCUUUAAGGACAACAAAGUCAAGGUAUUGGAGUGGCCAUCACAAAGCCCUGACCUCAAUCCUAUUGAUAAUUUGAGGGCAGAACUGAUAAAGCAUUUUCGAGCAAGGAGGCCUACAAAUCUGACUCAGUUACACCAGCUCUGUCAGGAGGAAUGGGCCAAAAUUCACCCAAUUUAUUGUGGGAAGCUUGUGGAAGGCUACCCGACACGUUUGACCCAAGUUAAACAAUUUAAAGGCAAUGCUACCAAAUACUAAUUGAGUGUAUGUAAACUUCUGACCCACUGGGAAUGUGAUGAAAUUAAUAAAAAGCUGAAAUAAAUAAUUCUCUCUACUAUUAUUCUGACAUGUCACAUUCUUAAAAUAAAGUGGUGAUCCUAACUGACCUAAGAAAGGGAAUUUUUACUAGGAUUAAAUGUCAGGAAUUGUGAAAAACUGAGUUUAAAUGUAUUUGGCUAAGGUGUAUGUAAACUUCCGACUUCAACUGUACUUGUCUGUGAAUUACUCAAAUGUCCAUGUUGUGUUGUUGUCUGUCCUCAGGUCGUGUUGGUCAGGCUGUAGCACUGAGAGCCAAAGCCUUUGGGUUUAAUGUGAUAUUCUACGAUCCGUACCUGUCUGAUGGGGUGGAGCGAGCCCUGGGGCUGCAGCGCGUCAACACCCUCCAGGACCUGCUCUUCCACAGCGACUGUGUCACCCUCCACUGCAGCCUCAAUGAGCACAACCACCACCUCAUCAAUGACUUUACCAUCAAACAGGUCGGGGCCGUGACACGCACAUGCACGUACACAGACAGAAAUAUAUUGACACUCACGCACAGAAGCCAACUGGAUCCAUGUCACUGCACUGGGGGAUUUAAAUCUACUAAGAAGACCAAUGUAGCAUGUCCUUUACAGUUGUGUCCUGCACUGUCUACAUAUUUUAUAUGGUGUGUUGUAGAUGCGCCAGGGUGCGUUCCUGGUUAACACGGCCCGAGGGGGGCUGGUGGAUGAGAAGGCCCUGGCACAGGCCCUGAAAGAGGGGAGGAUCCGAGGGGCGGCCCUGGACGUCCACGAGACAGAGCCCUUUGGGUGAGCUAACUUAAAAUUAUUCUACUCUCUUCAUUCCACUGAUAUUUAUAUGUCACUGUGUUGAAAUGAUGCUAACAAUAAGUUCCCAUGUUAGAGUUGAAGGAUGGGACUAAUAACAAAUAACAACAAAUAAUAACAAAGAUAGCUAAUAAUGUAAGCAUACUGUGUCCAUAAUAAGUAUAUCGGUUGUAUGUUGGGAGCUUUUGGGAAAGAGCACAGUUAGAAAGAUAUGGCAUAUAGAAGCAAACCGGAUGGACAUCAUGAAAAUGAUCGGAGAGGUUGAGAGUAGAAGAAGUUCAGGAGCAUAAAUAUAUAUAAUUAUUGUAAAAUUAACUAUGUCCAUAAGGUGUAGAUAGUAAGUAUAGACCGGAAGUAGAGGCCUGGGCAUUGUUGUUCACUAAUUUACUCCAAGUAGGGAAAGGAUGGCGGGGUUGAAAAGUAAUAAAGGGGAGUAUAUAUAUAAAAAACAUGGGGGAUUGGAAGUGAUGCAGACAAUUACAUUGAUAGAAGAUGCAAUAUUAAGCUGAUCCCCCCCCCCCCCCCCAUGUUUCUUCUGUCUCAGUUUCAACCAGGGCCCUCUGAAAGACGCUCCAAACCUCAUCUGUACUCCCCACGCUGCCUGGUACAGUGAACAGGCUUCUAUUGAGAUGAGAGAGGAGGCAGCCAGGGAGAUCCGACGAGCCAUUUCAGGUAACACCGUUACACUAAUCAUGGGUAUUCUCGGGUGGAUUAUUGUGUCAGGCUCCCAUGCUUCCCUCUCACUAAUAAACAACAGCAAAGCCACAAUAACAACUCCCCAAUAAGAACGUUGUGCUUCAUCAAUGACUGUUUCCUGCUUCCAGGUCGUAUACCAGACAGCCUGAAGAACUGUGUGAAUAAAGAGUUCCUGAACCAGACUAGUCACUGGGCCAGUAUGACCCCUGCUGUCAGUCACCCUGAGGUCAAUGGGGCCUACAGGUAAUAACCCUACUGUUGAUACAGAAUAACACGUAGACUCAGGCACUGUAUGCUACAGAGCUUUUUUAACUUUGCCACAGGCCAAAAUAAAAUGUUGGGUGUUAUUUGUGGAUGCUGGUAACUCAUUUUCUGGUCUUCUUCUCAUUCUCCCAGAUACCCUCCUGGUGUUGUGAGUUUGGCCCCUGGGGGGCUCCCUCCACCUGUAGAGGGGAUUGUUCCUAGUGCCGUGCCCAUCACACACAGCCUGUCCAGCGCCGCCCAUCCCCCUCACGCCCCCUCGCCGGGCCAGCCAGGCAAAGCAGAGUUGGACAGAGAGCAGCACCCCAACGACCAGUUGUAGCCCCGCCCCACAGAGCUCUCUGUCCAACCAUAGAACUCUCCUGGUCGUCAUCACCCCAAAGAGGAAUGGAACUGAAGUGUCAUGGGUUGUAAACAGCUGCCAUGAAACAGACAGACUCACAGAUGUCCAUUACAGUUCAUCUGGUCCAACCAUAGUGGAGUCGUCGUAUUUUUGAAACUUAUUUUUUUGUGUAGAAUUUUUUUGAAUAAUAUUGUGGAUUCGAAAAGAGACAAAUAUCCUUUAAAGCCAAUCCUACUGUUUAGACUGUAGUUUGUCCAAGUAACGUGGACGAAUAUCUGUUUCUGUGUCCUAUGGGUUCCUUGUUAAAGCAGAAGUAGUUGAUUAUAACAUGAAUGUAACCUGUUUGUGUACAGUUUUUAGAAAUACAACCAUUAUUUGUAGUGCAGUCUAAAAGAAAAACAAGGGUGAAAACUAACCAACUGAUUUUUAUUUUUUCCCCAACAAGCCCCAAAAGAGGCAGCUUUUGCACACGUUCUCAGGAAAUGGAGUUUCCCUAGUUCUUUUCCUUCUAUACCACAUAGUGCUUUGUUUUUCUACCUGCCUGCCUCUUUGGUCUAUAUUAGCAAAAAUACUUUAAAGUUGCAUUUGUCCUUUCAGUUUAAGGGGCAUGUUGUUCUGUAGUCUUCAGCCUCUGUAUAACUGUUCAAACUGUGCAUUUUGGGAGAGAAGACCCCCCUGUCUUGUGCAUACCUGACGUACUGCUUGCCUGUGUCAGUGUGACUUGAUUGUAACGUGUCUGAGAAGAGAAGCAGCUCCCAGCCAUACAUUGCCUCUCUUCUGGUGAAGUAGUAGGUUAGCAAUAUACAGUAUACAUACUAUAUAUUAUAAAUAUCAUUAUUUUUGGUUAACCAAUAUCCAAAAAGAGAUGUUUGUGACUGUAUGCAUUUGUAUGAAUUAUUUUAAAAAAUAAAUAAAAGUCCCUGUUGAAAGGUUAAAUGUUAUGUCUUUGUCCGUUGGCAUUCUGUCCAAGUUCUGAUAUGAUUAGUCUUGUGUGCCAGGCUUCUAGGCUCUCCUAUACAGUGCGAUUAAUUACUAAAAUGAGAUAUGACAGGCU